AUGUGCAUUCACAAUAUGAAUAACUUACAUACAUUAGUGACGGUUCUUUUUGUUGGGUCUACCCUGGCUACGACCAGCCGUAUUGUCGGUGGCAAAGACACAAGCAUUGAGCAAUAUCCCGACAUAGUUCAAGUUGAGAUGCAUCUUGGUUGGGGUGUUUGGAAUCAAGAGUGCGGUGCAAAUAUUCUAAAAACUUAUUGGAUAUUAUCAGCAGCUCAUUGUUUCGAUGAUUGGCUCUACACCCCCGAGGAUAGGCGUAUAAGAGCUGGAAGCACUUACCGUAACACUGGCGGUUUCAUCCACUAUGUGGAAUAUGAGAUUAACCACCCUGGUUUCCACGUGGCAUCCCCAUUCGACGCUGACAUCACUGUUGUGAAACUUAAAACUCCUCUCAAUCUCUCUCCUUCAAUCCAAAGAGGAACUAUCAUUAAACACGGCUUCGUAACUCCUGAUAAUUUACCAGUAGUGCAUGCUGGAUGGGGAGAUACAAGUUUCAACGGACUGCCGUCAUCAAUCCUUCAGCAUGUUCAAGUAUAUACAGUCAACAAUGAUCUUUGUAACCAACGUUACCGGCAGUUAGGCGGAUCAAGCGUUACUCGUAAUAUGAUUUGUGCUGGUCUUCUGGAUGUCGGAGGUCGUGAUGCCUGUCAGGGAGACUCUGGCGGUCCAUUAUACGCGAGGGGUGAUAGAGGGAAUGUCAUCAUUGGUGUUGUAUCCUGGGGACAUAGAUGCGCCAACGCAACCUAUCCCGGUAUCAGUACUAACGUUGCAUCUUAUACAAACUGGGUAUUGGAAAAAGCUCGUUGA